UUCAACACCGUCGCACGGCACAUGUAGCCCUUGUUCGCAUACGAAACUCUGGUUGGCUCCAAAUCAAACGCUACCUAAAGGGCUGCAGCAGCUCCCCUACCCCCUCCCCCAACCCAAACCCAAACCCACUAUUUUUCCCCUAAUAGGCUAUAACGCUCCCCAAUCAAUCGGGUCUUGUUCCUCUCUCCCUCACGCAUCCUCUUCAACUUCAGCUUGUCUUCCUCUCCAAAAAGCCAUUCCAAUUGCUUUCCAGUAUCUCUCUCCGUGAAAUUGCUGCCUUUUCUAGCGGUGGCACAAGGAGAAGGAGGAUUUAAAGCAAUGGAGUCAACUGAGUCUUCGUACAUGUCGUCGCCGGAGGCACCGCGUAAGAGAUCUCCACCGCCUCCCAAGUCUCCUACCUCAGGUGGAAGGUGACGAUGUAUAGUUGUCAAAUCUGCAUUUCUCUUUCUGUCAAAACUGAAACCCUAACCCUAACCUACUGAGAAAAUAGAGGAAAAGGGAAAGAAUCUUAUGGUUUAUACUGUUAGGCAUUGUUUGCUUUCCGAGUAACCGUGGAAAGAAGCAUAAUCAGUUACAUUGAGGUGUCCCGAUAGGGAUAGUUAAGUAGUUCUGCGAGGCUCUUUUUUGCAUCAAAUAAUUUGCGGUAUUGCACACACAAUACAAUGUUACAAGUCCAUGAUAUUUUGGUUGGUGGUGGCGAGGAUGCACUCUUGACAAAGCGGUAGAUGCAUAUUCUAUGGAGAAGCCCACACACAUCAAGUUUCUCGUGUCAAAUGCUGCAGCUGGUUCUGUUAUUGGAAAGGGCGGCUCAACAAUAACUGAUUUCCAGUCGCAGUCUGGAGCUCGAAUUCAGUUGUCACGCAACCAUGAGUUUUUCCCGGGGACCACUGACAGGAUUAUUAUGAUAUCUGGAACAAUUAAUGACGUACUUAAGGCUGUAGAGCUGAUUCUUGCCAAAUUGUUGAGUGAGCUUCAUGCUGAAGGAGGUGAUGAUGUUGAACCGAAAACAAAAGUCAGGCUUGUUGUUCCAAAUAGCUCAUGUGGUGGCAUAAUCGGGAAGGGUGGUUCCACCAUAAAGUCCUUUAUUGAAGAAUCACAUGCUGGAAUUAAGAUAUCUCCUCAGGACAAUAGCUACUAUGGGUUGAAUGAUAGGCUAGUGACAUUGACAGGAACUCUCGACGAACAGAUGAUGGCUAUUGAUCUGAUUCUUUCUAAGCUGUCUGAAGACCCCCAUUACUCCCAGUCCAUGAAUGCCCCAUUUUCAUAUCCAGGUGUUUUCUUCUCCGGUUUUCAUGGUACUCCAUAUACAUAUGUGCUUCCUUCUGUUGCAACAGCACCCCAGAAUGCAAUGAGCUAUGGAACAAAUGGAGCUGGAGGGAAGUUUCCGAGCAACAAGGAGGAUCGAAGUAACUCUGUGACUAUUGGCGUUGCAGAUGGACAUAUUGGGUUUGUUGUUGGUCGUGGUGGAAGAAACAUAAUGGAAAUUGGCCAGGUUACUGGGGCCAGAAUAAAGAUAUCAGAUAGAGGUGAUUUUGUGGCUGGGACGACUAAUAGGAAAGUCACAAUUACAGGGUCACACAGAGCAAUUCGUGCAGCCGAGUCCAUGAUAAUGCAGAAAGUGGCCUAUGCUUCCGAGAGGGUGAUUGAUUAGUUUUGAAAUGUCCGCAUUCAAAAUUCACGUUGAGAAUGUUCGGGGGGAGAUCUACCUGUAAUUUGCUUAUACGUUUGAUCAUUAAGAAAGGGGAAAAAAGAAGAGCCAUUGACAUAUGUUGGCACAUGAUAGAUGUAAGUUGGAAGAAAUUUGCAUAAUCUAGUAGGGGCAAGAGCGGGAAAUUUUCUUGUUGUCGAGAGAGAUAUAAUUGUGCUAGGAAUUUGUUUGAGAUUAAGUUUAUUCCAAAAGAAAACGUUGGAAAAAAAAGCCAUUAUUCAUCGACCAUAUAGAAUGAUUCGCUUUACUUCAUUCACGGUUGUAACCUGCUAAUUUAGCAAGUACGUACACUGUCUGAUCGUUAUCUUAAUUCGUUCGAUUCUUAGUUCAAAA